AUGGCCACCGGCGGCGGCGGCCGCGGCGGAGAUGGGGAAUCGGCCGGGGCGGAAGGAGGCGGAGGAGGAGAUGGGCCGGGGUCUAGCCCCAGCCCCAGCCUCGGCCGUAGGUUCUUCGUGGCGGUGCACGUGGGCGCCGGGUUCCACGCGCCGGCGAACGAGAAGGUCUACCGCCGGGCCAUGAAGCGCGCCUGCCUCGCCGCCGCCGCCGUCCUCCGCGAGGGCAGUGGCUCGAGUCUUGAUGCUGUUGCAGCUGCCAUUCGAGUGUUGGAGGAUGACCCCAUUACAAACGCUGGCCGUGGUUCAAGUUUGACUGAGAGUGGUCGGGUGGAAUGCGAUGCGAGUAUCAUGGAUGGAAGUACAGGUACCUACGGAGCUGUUGGAGCUGUGCAAGGCAUAAAGAAUCCCAUCCAAGUUGCAUUACACUUGGCAAAGGAACAGAUGAUGGGUCCUUCACUGCUUGGUCGGAUACCCCCCAUGUUUUUGGUCGGUGACGGAGCAUACAAAUGGGCCAAAGAUAAAGGAAUCGACCUAGUUGGAUCUACAUCGGAGGAAAAUAAUUGGUUAGUGACUGAGAAUGCAAGAGCACAGUGGGUAAAAUACAGUUCAUUGCUUGCCAAUGCCAAGGAAUCGGUAAAUCGUACCACUGCUUCUGCUUCAGAAUCAAGUUCAGUACAGUUGGAAGCAUCAGGAGCUGAAGCUGAGAUUUUGAACAAUGUAAAGAAGGCGAAGAUAUUCACCCAACCAAUCAUGGAAGAUGACCAAGAUUGUGUAAUGGAUACUGUUGGUGUUGUUUGUAUCGAUGACCAUGGGAAUGUGGCAUCAGGUGCAUCUAGUGGUGGCAUUGCUCUAAAGGUAGAUGGCCGGGUUGGGUUGGCUGCUAUGUAUGGCUCUGGGUGCUGGGCUUCAUCCAAAGGACCCUUUGGCACGCCAUUCAUAGUUGGGUGUUGUGCAACCGGAGCUGGUGAACACUUAAUUAGAGGAUUUGCUUCCCGUGAAUGUUGUGUCUCGGCAUCUCUGUCACCAUCAGGACCUGCUUCUUCCUGCACCAAAGUUCUGCGCUCGGCGGUGCAAAGCAGCAGCGAGAUGUCUCACGACACCGGCGCGGGGUUGUUACUGGUUCAGGCUGACGUAAUAAAGAGAGGGGAGUUGCCUGUACUUGAAGCCACCGAGCUUGUCGCUGCGUACUCCUCCUCGUCGUUCGGCAUCGGGUACUUCGGGAGCAAUAUGAGCAGUCCGAAGGUUUCAAUGCUUAGAGACUCGAGAACGGCGUCUGGUUCCAUCCAGCACUUUGCUACUCGAGUUCAUUUCGGUGCACCGUCGAGCGAAGAAUGACGACGUGGACAAGGCAAAACAUCUUCCCUGCGGGAGCACGGCGUGUCCGUGCGCAUGCUAAUCCUGGCGUUCUCGGCAUCAUUUUUUUUCUUCUCUUGAGUGAAACAUUUCCGUCUUGCUAAUGGGUGAGCAAAUGCUGUAUGCGCCAUAGAUAACUUGUUGCUGGGUGGUCCAUUCACAUUCUGCCACAAUUGCUGACAAGGAUGCACAAAGCAAUCGUAUCGGAAGUAGGUUUCAGAUUCAAA